AUGGAAGGUGUGGACGGUAGCAGCGAAUUGGAAAUCGACUCGGAAACGAAGCUUUUGAGAGAUAGAUUCAGGCUCUCCGCAAUCUCUAUCGCCGAAUCUGAAGCAAACAAAAACGGCGUGCAAGUUUCAAAAGUCGUAGUCGCUUGCGUUGCUGAUUUGGCCUUCAAGUAUACGGAGAAGCUGGCUAAGGAUCUUCAGCUAUUUGCACAGCAUGCAAAUCGUAAAUCUGUUAAUGUGGAUGAUGUCAUACUUUCUGCACAUCGAAAUGAAAAUCUAUCUGGCUUCUUGAGGACCUUCUCCAAUGAUUUAAAAGCAAAAGAUCCUCAAUCUGAGAAGAAGCGAAAAAAAAGAAUGACAAUACAACCAUGA